AUGCCGUCAGCCUUCACGUUGCCUGUGCUCCAUGCACCUGAUCCCUGCGAGUCAGGAACUGAGAAUAAAGGGACUGUGUUCCUGCUCAUUGCCACCAAGCAGUCUCAAUCAGGGCAUGCCUACUUCUUUGAAGAUGAACCUAAUUUAACGACGGCGCGGAGAGCAGGGAGUGACGCUAGACCUCGGCGCGGGGAAGCGAGGCUCGUCCGCCCGUCGGCCCGACGCUGGCCCGCAGCCGGACGGCCGAGCACGGGAGAUGGCGGGGCGCGGGUGGCUUGCCCGGCUGCGCUCGGGGGGCCGGCUGGAGCGCAGGCGGGCCGCGAGUUUUUGUCCCGCGCCGUGGUUAGCCCUGAGGCAGAGUCACGGGAAAGGGGUGAAGUGGGGACUACGCCCUUCCUGCCCUCUCCUCCUCUCGCCCUUUUAUGCCCCACGACACCGCCCGGGGCGCGCGGGCGCAGGUUCCGAGAGCCUCGGGCUUCGCCUCUCAGGGCCACGGGCCGCGCGCGGACAAGGAUCCUCGGCCUCGAGCAGCGGCCCCUCCCGCAGACGCGUCCCCGCGCCGGCGCUGCUGACGGAGGCCCCCGGGGCUGGAGCCGCGUGUCCGCCCCCGCGUCGGCGGAGUCCGGGCUGCGGCGUGCUCCCCGCCCGCGCCAGCGGCUCUCCUGGGCAGGUGGGGGACCAGGCGGCCGCGGCCUCUCCGGCCCGCCUUUCAGCUCCCCGCUCCCGCCUUCGGGCCGGAGGCAGAAGGGGUCCCAGCGCCUCCGGCGACCUGGGGGGCUCCGAGCCCCACCCUGGGGCGUCUGCGGCCUAGAGAGGCGAGCCCCGACCUGCGUGCCUCUCGGCGCCGGCUCCUCACGUAGCUCCAAAGCUCGUGCUUCUAAUGUGAGGAAAAACACGGAAUGACAAGUGUGGGAAAGAGCAAGCACUAAAUUACUGUCAGAAAAAUAAACGGAGUAGCACAGUGGUGCUCGGUGAUUUACGGGGGCAAUUAGUCCCCACCCCACGGCGCUGCUGAGGACAGCACGCGGCAGGCGCGCCGGGCCCACGAGGAAGAAGGGGCUGCUGCUCUCCAGACAACUUUUCAGACUCCCAGGCGGGAUCCUGGAGCACGUUCGGUUCCAUGUCUUGGUUCUGGGUGCCCACCCCUCACGUCAGCCCCCCAGCUGCAGGCAGACACGUCAUUUUAACAGGACGUGAAGCUCUUGGGUGUGUGUUUGGAAAGCCUGCAACUGCAGCUUGUUUCCACUCCCAUUGUCCAGGAAGGGGGUUAGCCCCUCGCUUCAAAGACACAACAGAAAAGCACCUGUCCUCGCUCCCAAAGUGUCCCCCUGGUGUGUGCCUUCGCUCUGUCUCAUUAGUGCCUGCGUCUCGCUACCUGUCCUGCUGGGCGGAGAGCCCGUGGGUGCUGAGGAAUGUGGCCUGCAGCUCCUCCUGUGAGCUUUCCUGAGCUGGUACAGGGAGGGCUGCACCAGGCUGCAAGACCCAGAGUCAAUGAGAAAGGUGUCUCAGCGCCCCAUGUUCCGGGACAGUCUGUGGAGCGUCUGUGCUCUGUAGGGUAGUGAGAUAAGCCUGCCAGGGUAUAAUUAAUGGUGCGCCUUCUGGAAGAAAUACGCACCAUGAGAAGGAACCUCGGAUGGAAGACCGGGAAGGAACCCAGGGAAGACUGAGUCUUUAUUGACCAGAGGCCUCAUCUGUGCAGGGCAAUAGCUGAGGUGGACGAAGGAGCCUUCACUGGAAGUUCAGUGUUCUCCCCCAGUGCUAGCUAAGAGCGCUGCCAGCUUGCAUGACUGCAGUCCUCCGCACGUCACCGAGGACAUCUGUACCUCCUCUGCUCAUUCCAUCUUGCCCUGGCUUUAGCCAAGGACAUCUGCACGGUCAGCACUGUGUUCGGUAGGUGGGGACACCGUUGGAGAAAGUGCCCCAGCACGCACCACCUUUGACUUGUGACCUGGAGUCGUGAAGAGGCAGAACCACGUGGAUGAGCUCGGGCCCAGCAUGGCGCACCAUUCCACGGGACGCUUCAUUUUUGAUAGAGAGGGUCACAGCUGGGAAAACUUCAGAUUUCACUCGCUACUCUUCUCCAUGUUAUUAGGCUCCCCCGACCCUGGGAGUUUAUAAACACAUGCCUUUUAAAACAAAUUCAUAAUAAGCACUGGGAUUUGAUAUAGCCUUGUAUAUUUCUAACUGCGGUAAGCAUUGGUUUUCAACUACCGUUUAACCAGGAAAGCAAGUCAGCCAGUAAAGAAGGCAAAUGUGUUUUUGUAUAAUAUCACAGACAUGUGAACUUGUUCCGAUCUCUGGAUACCAGCAAUGACUUUGAAAUUUAACUAAAAAUGUUUUGUAUCAGUAAACAAAGCCCAAUUAAAAGUUACCUAGUGCAUUUUUCACAUUUUUCCUGUCUCCUCAAAUCACACUUUUAUUUCUGACAGAGGGACACGCUGGGAAAACUGCCUCAAUAUACAAAAUGAAAUUCCAGGUAUAAAAAUUCUGUAUUUCUAACAAAUCUUGUUUUUACUCUUUGAUUUAAACAGAGCACUAUAAAAGUAUUACCCCUACAACA